GUCCGAAGCCAAGUCGGGACGGACGGACCUGAUUUUCCUCAUCCGGUUUCGGCACUGUUGCCUUCUUCGAAACCAGCGCUGUGUCCUGGCCUACCUGUACGACCGGUUGCUGCGGAUCCGAGCACUAAGGUGGGAGUACGGCAGCAUCCUGCCAAACACCAUCCAGUUUCACAUGUCAGCUGAGGAAGUGGAGUGGUUCAACCGGUACAAAAAGUCUCUGGCUACCUACAUGAGGUCAGUAGGAGGAGAGGAGGGGCUGGACCUUACACAGGACAUAAAACCUCCUAAAAGCCUGUACAUUGAAGUGCGGUGUUUAAGAGACUACGGAGAAUUUGAGAUCGAUGAUGGUACCAUCGUCCUGUUGAAGAAGAAUAGCCAGCACUUCUUACCCCGCUGGAAAUGCGAGCAGUUAAUCAGACAAGGAGUCCUCGAGCACAUUCUGUCGUAA